AUGGACCUUUGCGAUGGACCGCCGACACCCGAGCCGCGUUCAAUGCGUGUCGUCAAGCCCUCGCCGACACCGCGAAACUCGCGCAUCUUGAAUAGAACGCCCCCCUACGUCUCAACACCGACGCAUCUAACGUGGCAGUGGGCGCCGUUCUUGAACAACACGUCAACAACCAGUGGCAGCCCCUCGGUUUUUUCUCAAAAAAGCUCUCACCCACCGAACAGAGAUACAGGUCCAAAAACAUUUAAAUAUGGCUCCAAAAUUAUCCGGUGCAGCUUUCAAAAAAUUAAGAGAAAAAAAAAAAGAAACUCAAGAAUCACUUUCAAAAACAAUGAUACCUGGCUAUCUAAACCUAAAGUAGAUCUACCAUUAAACCACUUAGACCCAGAUAAUCAUAUUUCUUUACCUAUCUCUUCUAAAUUAGUAGAACUAGAAGAAAAUCAAGUAGAAAAACUUCAAACACUUGUGGACUAUCCUCAUAAUAUCAAAGACCCAAAACAAAAAAAAAAUUUAGAUUUGGAAGUUGAAGUUCAAAACAAAACUUCUGAAGUUAUAUUUUUAAAUCCCGCCACUAAACAAACCGAUGGUAAUAAUGACAUUCAAUUUUUAUCUGAUGCAAUAUCACAACCUGAACCUACUCCUCUUAUUUCACUCCUAGAAUCACCAUGUGAAAUUAAAUUGUCAGAAAAUUUUGAUUUCGAAGAUCCAGUUACUUGGCCAUUAAUUAAUGAUAAAUUUCGUAAAUUCAUAGUAGAACACGGUCCAAAGUUAGAAACUUACAAAAACUACAAUUUUCCACUUGAUGAAACUAGUAGACAUUUUCAUGAAAAAUGGCUUUUCAGGACUUUACCAAAUGGAGAAGAAGUAAGACGUGCUUGCAUUUCUUUGGGAUUCAACAAUUGGAAAAAAUUAAAUCCGAAAAUUUCGGAUCACGAGAAAAGUCCUUCACACAAAGAGAGUGUAUUUAAAUGGAAGGAAUUUGAAAAAAGACUUCAUGGUGGCAAGACCAUUGAUUGCACUUUACAGAAUGCAAUAAAAUCUGAAAAAGAAAAGUGGAAAGCUAUUUUAAAAAUUUUGUUUGACGUUAUUUUAUUUUGUGCGAAAAAUAAUCUCGCUCUUAGAGGUACUGAUGAACGAAUUGGAAAACCUAAUUGUGGUAUAUUUUUGAGUACACUUGAAUUGUUAAGUCAUUAUAAUCCAAUUUUGGCAAAGCAUAUUGAAGAAGUAAACGCUAAGAAUAAUGUUAUCAGCUAUUUUUCUCCUCAAAUUCAAAACGAAAUAAUUUCACUACUUGGAAAAUCAACUAGGGAAAAACUGUUAAAUCGUGUUAAAGAAUCAAAAUAUUAUUCAGUUAUGUUUGAUUGUACACCUGAUGUGUCUCACAAAGAGCAAAUGUCCCAGGUUUUAAGAUACGUGUACAUUUCUAACGGCACUGUUUCAGUUGAAGAAACUUUUAUAGACUUUAUGGAAAGUCACGAAAAAACUGGCGAAGGAUUAUCUUUAGAAAUCAUAGAAAAAUUAAAUAAAGAUGAUUUAAAACUAAGCAAUUGUAGAGGACAGAGUUAUGACAAUGCUUCCAACAUGUCUGGAAAGUAUAAAGGUGUAAAAACACGUAUUAUGCAAAUUAAUAAUUUAGCUGUAUAUGUACCAUGUAAUGCUCAUAGCUUGAAUUUAGUUGGCGAUGAUGCCGCUAAAGUAUGUGUACGUAUGAUAACGUUCUUUGACACAGUCCAACAAAUUUUUAUCUUUUUUUCAUCCUCAACAAGCAGAUGGACAACUUUAAUGAAAUGUAUUAAUAUUUCAUUAAAAUGUACUAGUGCCACGCGGUGGUCUGCAAAACAAGAUUCUGUAUCAGCACUUAAACGUAAUUUAAAAAAUGUAUAUAAUGUUCUAAAAGAAAUGUCAGAAAACCCAAAGUUACCUAAAGAGGUAAUUCUCGGAGCAACAAAUCUUUUGAAACAUCUUGAUUUUAAUUUUUUUUGCCUACUGGAUUUAUGGAAUGAAAUAUUAACAACAAUUAAUCGCGUUAAUUUAGCUUUACAAAAGAAAAGUUUAACGAUUGAUAGCGCAACCAAAAUGGUUAAAGGUUUAAUCUUAUCAGUACAAACAAUGCGAAAUGAAGGAAUUGAAAAAACAAUUGAAUUCAGUAAAGUGAUUGCAAAUGAUCUCGGUAUUAAAGCAAAUUUUUCUGAUAAGCGAAAGAGGAAAGUGAAAAAAUUAGAUUUCGAGAUAAUUGAAGAUAAUGUGCAAGUUUUAUCUCAACAGAAUGAAUUUAAAAAAGAUAUUUUUGAAGUUUAUGAUCGAAUUCUUACAGAGUUAAGCAAUCGAUUCGAAAAUAUGUCAGAAAUUAAUGAAAAUUUUGGAUUUUUGUAUGGUAGUAGCUUGACGAACCACUCUAUGGACUAUAUACAAAAAUGUGCAGCUGACUUAUCUCUGAAGUAUAAAACCGAUCUAAAUUCUUCCGAUUUUAUCUCUGAAAUAAAAGAUUUUAAGUCUCAAGCAUUUUCUCUUUUACCUGACUUAAGAGCCGCAACACCUUUAGCCCUACUACAAUUAAUUACAACAUAUUCUUUGCGUGCUGAAUAUCCAAAUGUCGAAAUAGCUUUACGCAUAUUUUUGACUUUGCCGAUAACUGUGGCGACGUGUGAAAGAUCAUUCAGUAAGUUAAAGCUCAUAAAAAACUAUUUGAGGUCGACUAUGGGACAAGAUCGAAUAUCUGAUAUGGCUAUUUUAUCUAUUGAACAUACAGUGGUAAAUACUUUAGAUAUAAACAAACUUAUUGAAGACUUUGCUGGGAAAAAAGCUAGAAAAAUUGCAAUUUAA